UGCGUCAGUUGCGUUCCGUCAGUGCGUGCGAGCAGAUCACCGAUCCACACAAAACGCGGGCGUGAAAAAAAGUAUCCACGAAGUUCUAAAGUUUCAAAAUAAGAAUAUAAUUGAUAUAUAGAUAUCAGAAGUUCUAACUCAAGAAGUGCGCUAAAUAGCCCAGCAAGAUCACCAAAUGAUGAGCGCUCGCUCGGUGUCGCCCAAAGUGCUGCUGGACAUUAGCUACAAGCCCACGCUGCCCAACAUCAUGGAGCUGCAGAACAAUGUGAUCAAGCUGAUCCAGGUGGAGCAGCAGGCCUACAUGCAGUCCGGCUACCAGCUGCAGCACCACCAGCAGCAGCAGCAGCAGCAUCACCUCCACUCCCACCAGCAGCAGCACCACCAGCAGCACCAACAGCAGCAGCAGCAGCAACAUACCCAGUACGCCCCACUGCCCUCGGAGUACGCCGCCUAUGGCAUUACCGAACUGGAGGACACCGACUACAACAUACCCAGCAACGAGGUCCUGAGCACCAGCAGCAACCAGAGUGCCCAAAGCGCCAGCCUGGAGCUGAACAACAACAACACCAGCAGCAACAACACCAGCUCGGGCAACAAUCCGAGUGGCUUCGAUGGCCAGGCCAGCAGCGGAUCCUCCUGGAACGAGCACGGCAAGAGGGCCAGGAGCAGUGGCGACUACGAUUGCCAAACCGGGGGAUCACUGGCCAUGCAGCCCGAGCACAAGAAGCUAAUCCACCAGCAACAGCAACAGCAGCAGCACCAGCAACACAUCUAUGUGGAUUACUUGCCCACCACCGUGGAUGAGGUGGCCUCGGCUCAGUCCUGUCCUGGAGUCCAGAGCACCUGCACCUCCCCGCAAUCCCACUUCGAUUUCCCCGACGAGGAGCUGCCCGAGCACAAGGCCCAGGUCUUCCUGCCGCUCUACAACAACCAGCAGCAGUCGCAGCAGCAACAGUCACACCAGCAAAACCACGCCCAGAUGCACUUCCAGAACGCCUACCGACAAAGUUUCGAGGGCUACGAGCCGGCCAACUCCCUGAACGGCAGUGCCUAUUCCAGCUCGGAUCGGGAUGACAUGGAGUACGCCCGCCACAACGGCUUGAGUUCGGUGAGCGAUCUCAACGGCGGAGUCAUGUCGCCCGCCUGCUUGGCGGAUGACGGCAGUGCCGGCAGUUUGCUGGACGGAUCGGAUGCCGGCGGAAAGGCAUUCCGCAAGCCACGUCGCCGGCUGAAGCGGAAGCCCAGCAAGACGGAGGAAACGGACGAGUUCAGCAACCAGCGGGUCAUGGCCAAUGUGCGGGAGCGCCAGCGCACCCAGAGCCUCAACGACGCAUUCAAGUCCCUGCAGCAGAUCAUACCCACGCUGCCCAGCGACAAACUCAGCAAGAUCCAGACCCUAAAGCUGGCCACAAGAUACAUCGACUUCCUGUGCCGCAUGCUCAGCUCGAGUGAUAUAUCCCUGCUGAAGGCCUUGGAGGCCCAGGGAUCGCCCUCGGCCUACGGAUCAGCCAGUUCCCUGCUGAGUGCCGCCGCCAAUGGAGCCGAGGCGGAUCUGAAGUGCCUGCGCAAGGCCAAUGGAGCACCCAUCAUCCCGCCCGAGAAGCUGAGUUAUCUGUUUGGGGUGUGGCGCAUGGAGGGCGAUGCCCAGCACCAGAAGGCAUAGCGGCGGAUCAGGACACCAUAGCUAAUCCUGUCCAGGAAGGGGCUUCCAGCAGCAACUAUCGUGUGAAUUCCAGAGCCUAGGCGCUCUCACUCUUCAAUUCUCUGUCACGCUUUCCAUAUAUACGUGUCGACUAGAUGAUUAGAUGUCUAAGCCUAAAACCUACUAUUAAUGCCUAUUUAAUGUCAUAGUCUAAACUAAACUAAAUUAAUUGUAAAAAGCCAACGGGCCAACAAGCCAAGAAACAAAGAAAAGCCAUGAACAAAACCAGA